CCCGGACAGCGAGUUUUCUGCGCUCUCAUCACCCCUCUGUUUUUGUUCGCCGGUUAACCACCUCCCUCCAGCGUUCAGUACAAGCAAAAGCACCCAAACUAUCGUCCAUUUCUCUGAUUUCCUACCCUUUGCCUUCUUUUCCUCUUCGUUCUUCCAUUUUCUGCUGCAAUGGAAUCAAAGCUUCUGAUGAGCGGAUCAGACUACUAUAGUGUUCGUGUUAUCCAUGUCAUAAAUCAGUUGGUCUCAAUAACUCGAAUUAUUAGUAGAAGGGUUAUGCGGGAUCUUAUACAAGUCUGUGUAUGGUGUUUAACCACUUCCUUACACGCACCCUCAAACGAAAGCCAACUCAUAGACUUGAAGUUUGCACAGGCUCUGGCCCGUGUAUGGUGCUUAACCACUUUCUUACACUCUAGUAAACUUCGCCGCUGCGUCAUCCCAGGAUCUCGCAUCACGUCCUCUGCUUCUGGUACCGUCUUCUCCAGAGCACUUGGCGGCCGCGUCUCCUUUGGACCGCGAGGCAUUACCUCCUCUGCUGCUGGGACUCUUCCCGGCCGCGUCUCUCUAGGACCGCGACGUAUUUCCACGGCGCUUAUUUGCUCAGCAAGCUCCGGCAAAGGUCGCUUUAUGUCCUCCGCUGCUGGUACGGACAAAGAAUAUGGCAACACUAUCAACCUGGAAACCUUUAGAACUUCGUCGGACUUUCUGAACCUCGAAUCGAUUAGCCGCUCUCUGAUUUGCCAAGAGGACAGCACAAUUUACUGCCUACUGGAGAGAGCUCAGUACUGCUACAAUGCAUUUAUCUAUGAAGCGGAUGCUUUCGCUGAGGAUGGCCUUGAGGGUUCCCUACUGGAACAUGUUGUGAAAGAAUCCGAAAUGUUUCAUGCCAAGCUGGGUAGAUUUGAAAGUGCAAGCGAGCUUCCCUUUUUUCCCAAGGAGUUGCCUGAUAUGUUUCUGCCACCAAAUCAAUACGUAAUAAUUGAUGUUAACCACAAAAUGUGGGAUGCUUACUUUCAAAACCUACUGCCAAACUUGGUUAAGGAAGGAAGUGAUGGAUUCUACGCUAGCUCCGCAGUUCGUGACGCCAAUUGUCUGCUGGCUAUCUCUAAACGGGUUCACACCGGAAGGUUCCUUGCCGAAUCGAAAUUUACAGCAAAUACUAAGGAUUAUACUGCUGCCAUUAAAGCACAGGCAAGUCUUUAUAACAACAAAUUGCAGUGGACAAGGAAGCUUUAAUGAAUCUACUUUCCUAUCCUGAAGUUGAAGAAAAUGUGAAGGAAAGGGUCCUAAUGAAAGCCAAGAAUAUGACAGAAGAAGCUGUUUACAAGAUCGAUCCAAGCCUUGUUCGUGAGAUUUAUGCGAGAUGGCUUAUACCUCUGACCAAAGAGGUGCAGGUCGAGUACUUGCUGAGGAGGCUGAGUUAAUCUGACUUUGUUUCUGAUUCUGAAGUGUUCCACAAGAAAGAGCCCACAAUCUGUUAAGAGUUUUGAACAGAAUCCUUUAUGACUGUUUUCAGUUUUUGUCUUCGAUUUUGGAUAUCUCAAUAUGUUUGAGAUUGGAACGUCAAUCAUCAUUAGUUCUACUUUCAAAUAUUAAAUGGAAGGUUUACCACUGCUACUUCCAAAUAU